AGCCAUCACAAGCUCACAAUCCCACAGCAGCAGAACCACACACACAAGAAUCAAUCAACCAACCAACCGACGGGAGAUGGCUUCAUCGAGCAGGAUGCUGGUGGCGGCGGCGGUGGCCGCCCUGGUGGCCGUGGCGUGGUGCGCGCCGCCGCCGGUGAGCUUCACGGUGGAGAAGGGGUCCGACAAGACGCAUCUGGCGCUGCAGAUCAAGUACGACAAGGCCGGCGACAGCAUGAAGGAGGUGGAGCUGAAGCAGAAGGAGGACUGGCUGCCCCUGAAGAAGGGCUACAGCGGCGCGUGGGAGAUCAAGAGCGACAAGCCCCUCGAGGGCCCCUACAGCUUCCGCUACGAGACCGAGAAGGGCCAGCGCAACGUCUUCGACGACGUCAUCCCCACAGAUUUCAAGUGCGGCUCCACCUACAAGCCAGAGGCGACCUACUGAGAUUCACCCAUGCAUCGAUCGACCUCGCAACUAAGAUCGUGUCAUAAGACGCACGUACGGAUACUAAUAAGUUAGAUAAUAUUACCUUCGUCCUGAAUCAAUUGUCUAAUUCGGGACCAAGGGGGUAAUAGGAGAAGCAACGGCCGGCGGUCGGUUGUAUUUGCUCUCCCGUACGCUCGUUGUCUUGAUUGACCAUUUCUCUCUUUUUUUUUACCCAAUCUUUUCAAUAUUAUUUGUAAUAUUAUUUGUAAGAUAUGCAGUGCUCACAAGGAGCUCUCACUCUCCUACAUAGUCAGUGAUGAUAUGAAUGGAGACCAGUGUAAGACGUAUUCUGUCGAGGA